AUGGCUUUAGUUGUCGUAGGUUUAGCAUUAGGAUUAGGCUUAGGUAUUGGAUUACAUAAUGAUAGUCAAAGUUUAACUUUAAUCACAUCGACUAGUGUGAAAUCAAUGAAUAUUAGUGUAACUACGACAUUAAUGAUAACAACAACUACAACAAUUACGAUAAGUACGACAACAACAACUAUCCCAAACGGGACAACAACAGUAACGACAACAACUACUACAACAAGCAGGAUAACAACUACAACAACAAGGACGGUGUAA